AAAUAAAAAUAAAAUAAAAUCUCUGGUCUCUGGCUCUCUGCCUCGUCCCUGUAUACCGCCCCAAUUUCCCGGGGAACGAGUUUCUGGAAUUUCCGUGCAAGGAGAAAUCUUCUCGUAGCUUUCCAUGGCCUCAGAUGGUCUCACUGUACCAUCUGAGCUUGAAUCGGCAUUGCGGCUGAAGACAGUGAAAUACUUCAUUACAAAGAGGCCUUGGCUUGAUCUCUAUGGAGUCCAUGUGAGGCCAGUUGCUCCACAAGGAAGCUCAAGCAGUAAACCCCAUUUCGAUCCUGCACUAAUUCAUCGUUGCUUGCCCGAUGAGCUUCUUUUUGAGGUAUUUGCUCGGAUGACACCAUAUGACCUAGGAAAAGCAUCUUGUGUAUGCCGGAAAUGGAGGUUCACAGUUCGGAACCCCGUGUUCUGGCGUAACGCUUGCCUGAGAGCUUGGCAGUCUGUUGGGGUGAUUGAAAAUUAUAGGAUCUUGCAGUCUAAGUAUGAUGGAUCAUGGAGGAAAAUGUGGCUUUUAAGGCCAAGAGUUCGUACUGAUGGUCUUUAUGUGAGUAGAAAUACUUACAUUCGAGCUGGAGUUGCUGAGUGGAAGAUUACAAAUCCAGUUCACAUAGUUUGUUACUUCCGGUACAUAAGAUUCUAUCCCUCUGGGAAAUUUCUGUACAAGAACUCUUCCCAAAAAGUGAAGGAGGUUGCCAAAUUCAUGAACCAUAAGGCGGCUUCUAAAGCAGACUGUGUUUUCAAAGGCCAUUAUACAUUGUCAGAUGACAAGAUUGAAGCUGCUGUUCUGUACCCGGGUUUGCGCCCUACGGUUUUAAGAAUCCGCCUAAGGUUACGAGGAACGGUGACAGGGGCAAACAACCGGAUGGAUCUGCUCUCGCUCGUAACGAGCGGAGUGAACGACGAGGAAGUGAACAGUACAGAGGAAGAUAUCCUUGGAGUGGUUGAAGGUUGGGGAGAUGAUGAAAGCCAUAACCCAGAUGUACCUGCAGUCUCGCACAAGAGAGGUUUAACUCCAUUUGUCUUCGUCCCCUUUGACGAGGUGGAGAAAUCGGUUUUGAACUUACCAGUGGAGAAGAUGGAUUACUUUGUGCCUGGCUAAGUGCAAAAGAUGGCAUAAGAUCAAAAGGGGGAAACUUUCUGUACAAAAUGUAUAAAUGUGGUUCUUGGAUUAUUAGGACAUAUGAUGAUUGAUGUUAUUGCACUGCCAACUGUUUUGUCAGGAUACACUUUGGUACUACUCUGCUAUUGUACCGUCUUGGAAUAAUUCAUCAUCUGAGGUUUCUUGUAGAACAAGUAAAAGACCGGUCUCCUGUCCAUACUCUGGAUUUAAGAUCCUUGGAAUGCACCAGAUGGUUCCCUUGUCUGGUCGUCAA